AUGGGGCUCCGGUUGCCGGCGGUGGCGGUGUUGGUGGCGGUGUUGGUGGUGCUGUUGGAGGUGACGGCCUCGGCGGCGGCGGCGGCGGGGGCGACGAUGAUGUUGGCUGGGGACAGGAUGGCGAUGGAGAUGGGGAAUGGGGAGGGGAGAAGAGGGAUGAAGAGCAGGGACGCUUAUGCGGCGAUGAUGUACAUGGGCACCCCGAGGGACUACGAGUUCUACGUGGCGACGCGGGUGAUGUUGAGGUCCAUAGCCAGGCUGAAGGCCGAUGCCGAUCUCGUCGUCAUUGCGUCUGUGGACGUCCCGAUGCGUUGGCAGCGGGCGAUGUAAGCUCCUUCUCUCUCUAACUUUCCCCUUUCCCCCAACCUCUCCCCCUUUGUUCGCCUCUGGGUGGUCUUCCCGAUCCGCCCCCCCCCCCCCCCACCUGAUCCUUCGCCUUCGGUAGGGUAUCAAUAAAACGGAACCACCUCGGCUGUCAAUUUGUUUUCCUCCAGUUCAUUUCUCAGAUCAGUCGCGCGGUUGCUCUCUCGUAUUUGCAGUGUUCCAUCCGCAUCCUGUCGGUAUUUCGCUUUCAAAAUCUCCUUGCCCGGCUCGUUAUCCGUCGAAAUCGUCAGAUCAAAGGUGUUCUUGUCCGAUUUCCUCCCUCUCCCGAUUGCCUCGUCUGGUCUAUGCGACUACCUGAAGAAAUUGCCCUUCUAGUAUAAUUAAUCAAAGGUGGAUCUUCCCGUUCGUGUCCGAGGUCAAGGCUGAUGGAAGAUGGUCAAAGGACAUCCGUCCGUUUUCAGAAAUUUUCAAAAUAACCUGGAGGAACGUUAGUUCUUCCCUCAGAGCUGUUCCCUUGCCUUCCACGUCUUUUCUUCUCCUCUCCGCCCUCACGAGCCCUUCCCUCUCCCAAGUGCGGACGAAAACCCCAAGAUCCGCUUGUCUCGUUCCGUCCCUGCCGUCCCCCCGGACUCGAAUUCCGGAAAGUUUGAUCGAGGAGAAGAAUCGCGUUGGAUGGACAUGGUGGUCUUCGUCAAACUCUGUAACUCUCCUCUGCACGUUGUUCAUGUGCCUGAGCAGGAAAGAGGAGGAUGGCAUCAAGGUGGUUACAGUGAAGGACGUACAGAAUCCAUACGAGAGCCAGGCCAACUUCAACCGCAGAUUCAAGUUGACGCUGAAUAAGCUGUACGCCUGGAGCCUGGUGGAGUACGACCGAGUUGUGAUGAUCGACUCCGACAACAUCUUCCUCCAGAGAACCGACGAGCUCUUCCAGUGCGGCCAGUUCUGCGCAGUCUUCAUCAACCCCUGUAUUUUCCACACCGGCCUCUUUGUCCUGCAGGUAAACUCCAUUUUCUUCAUCUGAUGCCCGGUUUUUUGCGUCAAACCCGGGGUUAGACUUAUGAUCUUCCAUGGUCUUUUAAAGCUUUUCUGGUUUUGAAUUGCGUUCCCACAUCUGGGACGUGCUGAUGAUUGCCGACUGUCUUUAGACAUACUAUGUUCUACCCCAAGAACUCUGUACUCUGCCAUUCAUCCGUCGUGUUGCUAGAGCCCCGGACGACUCUGCUUCCUGUUCUCGCACCUCGACGUUUCAGGCUUCUGAGAGAUCGAUAAAAUUUUAGAUCUGCUUUGAUUUUUUAUGAGCCUGGUGGGAAUCACCUAUGAUUCUUCAGUUGAGACGACCUUGCUGUCGGCUCGACCGUACGUUGCCUUAGCUUAUUGCCUUGCCAAGGACUAAACCGCAAGCUCAAAGGGAGCUGACUGGGAUGAUGCAUCGACUGAGAACCACUUCCUCUGGUCUAGUUUAAGUUAGCUGUUGUGAUCUAAUUGCGUCGUCUCUUCUGCUGCAGCCCUCCAUGGAAGUCUUCAACAACAUGCUCCACGAACUGAAAAUCGGCAGGAGGAACCCUGAUGGCGCAGACCAAGGUUUCCUGGUGAGCUACUUUCCCGACCUGCUCGACCGGCCAUUGUUCCAUCCACCUGCAAAUGGGUCCAAGCUGGAGGGUACCUACCGUCUCCCCUUGGGCUACCAGAUGGACGCCUCCUACUACUGUAAGUCGAACGAAACCCCGCCGCAGCACUCAUUUUAGCUCCCACUUCGGGCAUCCCUGAAGCAUCCUGGUAUACUUCAUCCUGACGCAGAUUUGAAGCUUCGAUGGAGUAUUCCCUGCGGGCCCAACAGCGUCAUCACCUUCCCCAGUGCGCCCUGGUUGAAGCCCUGGUACUGGUGGGCUUGGCCGGUCUUGCCGCUGGGGCUCUCCUGGCAUCACCAGCGUCUGAACACCCUGGGGUAAGCGUCUCUGUCUACCGAGAAAUCUCCCCACUCUGCGCUAGCGCGCCAUCUCUGCAAGCUCUUGAACGCCGUACAAUGCCUGCAGGUACGGCGCGGAGGUGCCGGUGCUGUUGAUCCAGGCCCUGAUGUACAUAGCGAUCAUGACGGUGACUAGGCUGGCGCGGCCGAGCUCGUCGAAGCUUUGCUACAACCUGCGGACGGAGAAGAACUUCGCUUUCCUGCACUGGGUGCUGAGGAUCGUCACCAUCUGGUCCAUCUUGGCCGCCUACGCCGCCCCGUUCUUCCUGGUCCCCCGCACGGUGCAUCCGCUGCUGGGCUGGUCCCUCUACUUGCUCGGCUCCGCCGCGCUGGCCUCCGUCGUGUUCAACGCCUUGCUCCUCCCGCCGCUGGCUGUCCUCACGCCGUGGCUGGGCAUUUCGGGGGCCCUGGCGGUGAUGGCGUUCCCGUGGUACCCCGACGGCCUGGUGAGGGCGCUGGCCGUGUUCGGCUAUGCCUUCUGCUGCGCCCCCUUCCUCUGGGCGUCGAUGACGAAGAUGAUGGGCUCGCUGCACGCCCUGGUGGAGCGGGAGGCCUACUUCCCCAGACUAGGGGAGUCGCCACAGGCGCCACAGUUCAGCAAGCUCUAUUGA